UUACUUGUCACUUUCGGCGGUUGUUUCAACAUGGCGGCGGCAGCUGAAACAAGAAACGCAAAAUGAGUGGAUGAAGUGGUCUCUUGUAAGCCAGGAGCCAUGACCAUCUCAAGUAAAAAAAGCACCAAAAUGCAAGCCAGACGCACUUCCGACUGCAAGAUUGAUGUGCCAUUAAAGAGAGGUGGCAAAAAACAGAGCUAUUUACAAAAUGAGCAAUGUAGUUCUGAUGUUAAGGAAAAUGCGUCAGCCUAUAGCAGUGCUUCUGUAACCACUGAGAACACCCUUUUCCCAACGCAAGUAUCAAAAGUUAUAUUUGACAGUAGCAGGACACACAGCCAAGUCAGUCUAAAAGACCUCGGCCCUGAAGACAAACGACGCAUUGCAAACCUCAUUGAAGAACUAGCCAGAGUGAGUGAGGAGAAGGAAGAGUCAAUAAAGCGCCUUAAAGAUGAACACGAUAAUUUUGAAAGCAAGAUACAACAACUGGAGCAACAGAACCUGGUUAUAGCACAUGAAAGAGAAAGCCUCCAGCAGCAGUACAGAGAGUGUCAGGAGCUGCUUGGGCUCUACCAACAAUACCUUACUCAGCAGCAAAUAAAGCUCAACCAGUCCAUAGCUGAGCUUAGCCAGGCACAAACUGACUAUAAGGUGCUGAGCAGUGAUGAAGCCAUUAGUAAAACUACUAGCCAAGCUAAUGGGCUACUGUUUGAUGGGUCGUACCUGAGUCUUGCUGCUACUCAAACACAUCAACCUCAAGUGCACAGGAGAAGUAGUGGAAGAAGAGGAGCCUCGCAAGCUGUCAAUAUUCCAACACCCGCUUCCUAUUUUACUGAGAACUGUGCAACUGAUGCUGGUGUGCAAAUCAGUGAGCAUCGGAUUCAGACACGAGAAUCUGGUUUGCAGCACUAUCAAGGGGCUUUCCAAGACACAAGCUAUAGCACCCAGCAGGAUAGACUAAAUAGCCAUUCCCUUGAGAAAAGCUGUGAGAGCACCUUUAGCCAAAGUAACCGUAGAGGGAAUGACCUGGCCACUGAGAAUAAGGAAACGAUGACCAUCCCUCUACUUGGUUGUGGGGACUGGGAGGAGAAGAGGCACCAGCUGCUUCUACAGAAGAUGCAGCUGGAAAUGGAGAGAGAGAAGUUGCAGACACGACUGGCUGAUCAGGAGGAGCGGCUCAGUAGACAGAAUCAGCAGCUGUCCCAGUCAUGUCUUGACUGCAAAAGGUUUCAAGAAGCAUGUCAGUCUAAACACUGCAGCUCCUUAGCUAACAAUGGAACAUCACAGCCAGACCCUCCCCACAGUCAAGAUUUCCCCUCCAGAGAGAAUUAUCAUGCACAACAGAGCCUGCGAGACACCUUUUCACAAACUGCCCCGCUCAACAAAAGUCUUCAUUUAUGUGAUGCUACAGUGCAAUCAAAAAAGGACAAAGCCACAUCCCCUGUAGAAUUCCUUGCAAGCCCUGCGGAGCUCAGCACGAUACCUGUUACUCAAAAGACAUCUGGAAAUCGGUCAGACUUUUCUGUGGUUGAUUUAUUGGACAUCUUUAGUCCCAGUCCGGCACAUGACCAAUGCAAACCAUCAUCCCGUAAGCCCAAAUCAUCGCAACGUGGACCAGUCUUCACUUCAUCUAAACUCAUCUGUAGAAGUCUGCCUACCCCUGUGGUGCCUUAUCCUCUGAAUUGUCAGCAGGACCUGGAAGAAAGCCAAAUACUGGAGGAUAUUUUCUUUAUUUGCUGACAAGAAAAAGUAAAAAAAUGUAAAGUUUUACUUGCUUGAUCUCGAUUUAGUUGUUUUACACAGAUUUUGAUUCUAAUUAGAGUGCUGUUU